AUGAUACAAAACGGUGAAGACAUGACUUUGGAUUCCUACGAGGCUGCUAUAGCACCCGUUUUGGCUCGGUACUACCAGAAGCGAGACCAUCAUUUGUCCCAGAAUAUAGGAAAGUGGGAACAAGAAGCAUUAAAACCAGAGCUCACUGGCCAUACUCUCACCGGAACCGGCAAAGUUAACUUGAGAUCCGAGUCUAUUUAUCUUAUCGACGACCACUUCAUUAAAGAUUACGACGAUAUUGAGAGCAUCAAGGAAGGGGAAUCAAACCACUCGUAUACAUUUUUCCAUUUGGGACCCAAGUUAAGUGGACAUAAAGGCAUCGUUCAUGGAGGGUUCUUGGCAACAAUUUUGGACGAGUUGACUUGUCGCUUAGCAUUCCAAAACUUUCAUUCCAAGAAAGGAGUCACUGCCAACUUGAACAUAAACUAUAAACAGCCUUGUUUUGUGGAUAAUUAUGUACUUGUUCGUUGUGAGUUGAUCAGCAAACAGGGCAGAAAGUGCCGGGUAAAGGGUACGGUUUACAAGGUCAAUUUAGAGGAUCAAGACAUAGAAACCAAGGAGAACUUGCUAUGUGAAUGCGAGUGUUUGGUGAUUGAACCAAAGUGGGUAGACCAGCUCAAGGGUCAUUAG